UAUCAGAUAUUGAUUCCUGUCUAAUUGCAAACAAAUGGCCUCCUACCGAGAUUCACUUAGCGGGAAAGAAGCCCAAAACUGGAUCAAGGCCGCCCUCGCCCUAAACAUCACCAAGGAGGGUAUAUUAGGUUUUGUCGAGGAUGUGUUGACAUGCGUUCAUCUGGACAUCUAUAACAACGCUAGAACAUCUAAGGGUCUUCCAGGUGGGGCAGCAUGUGUACAUUGUUUCACCGAGAACGUGUUGAAGUGCCCUACUCGUGGGCUAUGCUUCGGUACUAGAAACUGUAUAUUUCAUAACGGCCCUUCAAAACAGUAUUUUCCGUGUCCAAACGGGAUUUGUGAAGGCGUCCGUGAUGAAAUAGUCAAACAUCACAGGUUUUCGGGACCAGCAUGGAAGAACACGAAUGCCAAUAGGUGGUGUACCAGCCCAUUGGAGAUAGGCAAGUGUUUCCUGCCUCCUGAUGGCUAUAAGCGUGUGUCCUCCAUCAAAGACAUUGACUUAAACGGCGUGAUCAGCAUCAUGAUAUAUUGCAAGGAUUUCCAAAACAAGCUAUCGUUUAACGUUGCGACACAGCACAAUUUAUUAAAAGAGGUUCGGGACAUCGGCCGACGUGUACGCCACUCCAAUGACCUGAAGAUCAAGGACACGGAACUAGUGGACUUCCUGUUCAAGCUCCGGACCCUGCUAGAGGAUAAGAUUGAAUUAGCGUGUCGACCUGAGGCACACCACGCCGUGGAACAGCUUAAAAAGCUUCAAACAGACCAGUUGGUGAUUAGCGCUGAGGAUGAAUGGACAAUAUUGGACAGAGAAGAUGAAAAAGCGGUGGAGCCGAUGGGGGAAAUACCACAUAAAGUGAAAAGUAUGAAGAUUGAGUACACAUUUGAACAUGAUAGUGAGAAGAAACACGUUGUACAGUAUUCAUUUAUUACUUCUGAAUACAGUUCAACAGUCCUAUUUGAAUGUCAGUCAAACCCCAGUUCGCCAGCAUUUUUCGAAAUAUUGUCAAAUAUUCAGCAGCCUGGAGAACAUUUUGAUUUAUUGACACUAACAACCCCAUGGAUAGACUGUCUACAAAGAGAGGACGUAUCGGUUGCAAAAGAGUUAAUCCAUCAAGGGCUUACGCCAGACUCGUAUUCUACAUUUGAGCAAGCUAUUAAGUUGCUUUCGUCGGCGGAACAAGCUCAAAGAGAUCUAUGUAAACUGGUGUGUGACGACAUAAAGCAACAAUACGGAAAGGCUGAAGCACUUUAUGCCGUUGUUGACCAAACGUCCAAAAAGCCUUUGCUCGUAGCUAUACCACUUUCUAAGACCAGGGAAAUAAUGGGCUACCCAUUGCUCUCAAAAGAUAUGUGUGCCAUUGAAGAUGAAAAUCGAAAAGUGAGAGAGAAAGAAAUCCAAAAGAAAAAAUGUUUUCUAUCCAGAGAGUCUGAGAACAAAAUGAACUCUGCUUUACGAAGUGCUCAUAGAUACUUUAAUGAGUGGCCGAACUUAUCAAGAAUAUCCCAGAGUUUUUACAGAUCCAAAGGAUAUAAAACUGGUAAAACUAAACUGGAAGAAGAGGAAUGCAUUGUCUUGUUUGUUUGGGUCAAGGGAUUCAUUCCGAUAGGAUGGGAGCCCUUUCCUGACACAUUUGAAGGAUAUGGCGUGGAUGUCAGGGAGUGUUUGCCCAUGGAAAUGUUCAUAGGGUCAGAGAUGUUAAACUUUUUGCGUCCUUGUGCAACGCUUCAAAGUCCAGUACCUGAUCAAGCACAUGCGCUUCUUGCGCUGACUGCAGGACACACCUUUCUUUCUAAAGAUGAAAGAAAAGACUGUACAAGACCGGUUUAUACAACGAAAAAGAGUAAAGGGUUCAGGCAAAUACAGGAAAAUUCAGAUAUUGAAAUUGUUUUUGGAAAAGUUCAGAUAAAUGAGGAAGGUGGGGAAGCUUUUGCUGAUGUAGCACGCGUUCGACUUGAAUCGCAUUUAGCACAAACAGACAUUGGAACACUUUUGAAAAAAAAAGGUUUGAUAGAAGCUCCAACAUUCGACCCUACGAAGCAAUGUAGCGAUGUACGUGUACGUGAUAUCGUCAUGAAAUAUGGUGAAACUUCAAAAAUCACUCUUGGUCAAGUAGUAUGUACCUCUGCCAGUGAUUACACGGAAAAAAUACACAAGACCGAUUUGAUUGAAAUUGUUCAAAUUGAUGGGAAUACAGGUUUUUCUCAGCAAGGUGAUUCAGGUGCGUAUGUGUAUGUUUUAAACAAAGACAUUCUUCCUAAUGAACAAAACCCGGACGAUGAACAACGAUUUACCGAAGGACAAGAUGCUUUUCUGAUUGGAAUGAUCUGCCUUGGAGAUAAAGAUACUUCCUGUUGCACAAAGAUGAUCGCAAAUAUUGCAGGAUUACGAAAUGGAAACUAAAAAAGAUGAAAUGAUUUUGAGAGUUUUAUGACGUCAUUUUAACAUUGCGCAAUGAUGCGUUUACGAUGUGACGUCAGCAGAGUGGAAUUCGCCAUUUUGCACUGUAGUGGAAAACGGACUUCCGUAUAAACGGACUUCCGUAUUUUGCGAAAUGUUUUACGUUUGGAUUUAUGAUGGGUAUAUGUCAAAUAUGCGUUCCGUUUAUUAGGCAACUAUAAAUUAAUUGCUAGAUUUUCAUACCCGCACGCCUUUCUUUUUUCCGCCGCCCUUUAAAUUUCAUUUACUCAAAAAAAUGUUGAACUGAAGUCUGUAUUUGUGUAUCGGUUUGAUACUGUCCGGAACGACGUUUAUACAUACCUAUAUCACACGGUGUCGAUGUAUAACAAUCACAUGUGAAAAAGGAGAAUUAUUAUUACGAUCGUGUUCGUGGUUCGUCUAGAAACACAUGUAUAAUGUUCCUUAUACAAUAACAAAGAGCUGGAGCACAUAUUCAACGGUGAAACAGUCAUGUGAGAAAAUGAAAAAAAUAAUGUUGCACCCGCUCCUAUUAGAAAAAAUGGAUGAAAAUCUAUAGCAAAUAAUUUAUAUAUAGCCUUAUUAUAAAGGAUAAUUUCACGAAGAAAUAUUGAUUUGUUUUAUAACAUUGUUUAUAUAUGUUUGUAUCAUACACUCUCAAUAUCUACAAAAGUGAUUGUUUUUCAUGUAUUUAUUGUUUGCAUACCAGAUUAAAGCUGCACUCUCACAGAUUGAACGUUUUGACAACUUUUUAUUAUUUUUUGUCCUGGAAUGAGCCAAUUUUUUUGCGAAAAUCCAUGGAAACCUGUGUUAUAAGACUGCUGACAAAAAAGCAGAUUUUUAUAUUUAAGUUCAAAAAUUGAUGUGUUAUGCUUUUUUCUUAAACCGUAAGUAACGAUUAAAACCAUUAAACAUUAAUUUUCGAACGGAAAUAUGAAAAUCUUCGAUCUGAUUUGUUUUUUGUCAUCAAUCUUUAACACUGGUUUGCAGAUAUUUCCGCAAUUUUUUUUCUCUUUCCAAGACAAAAAUAAAAAAAGUUGUAAAAAUGGUAUAUUUGAGAGAGCGCAGCUUAAAGUCUCACAUGGUCAUUGGCCUAUUGUCGCAUACUUGCUUGGACACUGGACCCAUCUUGUACAGUAGACACCGUUAAAUUAAUAUUAUGUUCAUAUAUUUAGAAAUGAAGUGUUUUUAUGUAUUAUUCAGUUCUCUUAGGCCCAAAUUCUCACCAACCCCUUGUAACAAGAUAAAGGGUGGGUUUUUUUCUGUAUUAGUAUAAUUUGUAUACUAUUCGCCUUAUAAAGAUUUUUGAGAUUUUUAAGGAAAAUAUUUUCAAAAUAAUCCUGAUAAAAAACAACCUCUUCUUCUUAUUUUACAUCAAGCUUAGUAGAUUAUUCAGCUAAAUGAAAUACUUAAGAUUUUACGAGAAAUUGGGACCUAUUACUCAAAUGCGUUGCUAUAAAACUAUAUUCAAAGUGUUAGACAAACGUAAGAUCAUUUUAUCUUGUACACUGAGCGUUUUUAAAAACGCACUCAUCCAAUAUAAAAAUUAUAUUUGAUGAAAAAAAAACAAUCCUAAUAAUUUAUUUUUAUUAUUAUAAUUAUUAUACCAUUAAGUUAUAUGACCCAAAUGGAACUUAAUUCACAUUCAAUGAGUUUGAUGGGAAUAUAGUUUUGAAUGACAUGCGUUACGUUCUUAAAGUCCCCUAGUGUUGUUCGAAUUCUUGCUAUGCUACUAUGGGGUCAAAAUUGAGUAAGCUGAGUCAGUUUUUGAGUGAGAUAUAAUAGAACGAUUUUUGCGAUUUAUUUAACGAACCAGACGAAGUGGUUGAACGUCAUUAGUAUGUAUUAAUAAAAAAAUGCUCUGUACGACGCAUUACCAUUUGUUUUGGUAAAAUGCUCUAACCGUUUAAAAGGUUGAAUUAAUAGUUAAUAUACUGCCCCCAGGGUCUGCUUUUAUCUACCUAUUCACCUGAUAACGCUGACUGCUGAGCUACCAAAGUAAAUGUUAAGCAAAUUUGAAAAAUACUGUGACUCUCCAUUGGACAAGAUAUAAUUUCGAACACUUAACAGGCCAAUCGAUGGUAAGGUGAAUUCACGAGUUAUCAUUUAAAGAUUUAACCAGAUUGUUUAAGCUCUUCUUAAUUGGACUAUUUUCACCGUUUCUGUCGUAUGUAGUCUAUCAACAAAAAAUGGUUCAACGAGCUUUAAGUCCAACUUUACAAUAAUGUCAUCUUCAAUUCUAUGGGUGUUAAUACAAUGGAAACAUUUCAAGUAUGCGCUUGUUUAAAAGUAUGCCUUGUUGAGCUGCCUUAGGGAUGGCAAGGAGUUGAUCUGCAUGCCUAUUUUUUUAACAAUAUAAUCAGAAACCACGGACCCUAUUCAUAAUAUUUUACAGAAAUGUUCCUUUGGUAAUCAUUUGCUAAAUUCUUUCAUCCUGCGUUGGCUGUUUAGCAGCUUUCAGCUCUACUACAUGUAUAUGGAAUCUCACAAAAUAUAGCUUCAUGUAGACAAUUAUUCUUGAUGUUGGUUGGGGCAGGGUGGAUUUUCUAUUUACGCAAAAAGUUGUAAUACAACUUUUGUAAGGAGAAUAGAGAUAUUUUGUUUAGCCUUUUUUGUUGUUGUUUUUCAUGCAAUUUGUGUUUUUGUUAUUGAAUGUCUAUUUAGUGUUAGUGUCUUCAACGUUUUGAUAUAAUUAUGUGUAAUGGAAGUAUUUCAAACUUGAUUAUUAUAGCAUAUUAUAUUAAUGAAAGCAAUAUUGUUUGUUUCACAAACUGUAGAACCAAUUAUAAUGUUGACUGUAGAACCAAUUAUAAUGUUGAAAAAUAAACGUUUUACAUUGUAAUGAAAUCAGAUUGGCAUAAAUGUGGUAAAGUUAUCGCCCUUCAUAAUAAUAGUAAAAACCGCUUUUAGGUUAUGCUCGUGUUAAAAGUAAAAAAUAAAAUGUGUUUCAAGAUUUAGUAUUUUUCCAUUGUAAAUCCACCCCUCAUUUCCAUCAGUAAAGGGGAUAUUUCAUACCUGGAAACAAAUGCCUUAAACCGUUCAUUAUAUCCUUGUUAGGACAUUUGACAAAGGUAAUUGCAUUUAAAUGAUCAAUUAAAUACGUUUCAAAGUUUCAUAAAUUUUGAAUUUGCAUCGAAAAAAACCCUACUAUAAUCAAAACUUGUGCUUAAUUUUCCGCAUUGGAAACAAUAAAUGCACAAUUAUUACUGUGACAGUUUAAUGAAAUAUAUAUAUUGUAUAUUUAUGAAUACCUCACACUUUUAAUAAAAAUUAAUGGAUCAUAGAAGAAAAAGGUUCGAAAAAAAGUCGGUUCUAUAGUCUGUAAAGCACAAAACUGAUAAGUUUGUAUAUUUAUACUAUCUGUUGGCCUUUUUUUAUGUGUGAUAUGCAUUUUUUGUAUACACGUUUACGUCGUCAUUAUAUAAAAUUACAUAUUGGUUCAAUUUUUUACAUGUGCCAUGCAAUCAAGUUACGAAUAAUAUGUGAUGCUUGCAAAUCCAAUAAUUUCUUUGAUUCGUUUUAAUAUGCGAAGCAAUGCCAUAUAUUCAUUUUAGUAAAGUUACAUUUAUUUUAUUACCUUGUUGUUUAAUAUAUUUCUAUAUAUAUAUUCAUAUUUCGGUUUUAUUUUUGACAUGUGCUAUAUAAUCAGUUUAUAAAUAAAUGUCAUGAUAUCAGA